CAAUUCCAAUACCACUUUUAUUUCCCUUCUCGUAUAAAAAAAAGACAUACUAAUCUCCAAAAAAACAUAGACAAUAUUUACGCCACCCAAAAAAUAAAAAAAAAUCUCUCUGCCUCUUCUUCUUUUCUCUCAAACUCUCUCUCUCUCUGGUUCGUGGUCCAAUAGAUCGAAAAUGGGUCCGAUCGUUUUGACUCAGCUGGCAACGGGUCUGGGUGUGUUGGCCGGAGCGGCCCUGGUCAAAUCGGUCAUGGACCAGAAGACGAUGGCUGGCCCAUUUCCGAGGUGCCCAAGUUGUAACGGAACGGGUCGAGUCUCGUGCCUUUGUUCCCGUUGGUCUGAUGGUGAUACUGGGUGUCGGACUUGUUCCGGGUCGGGUCGAAUGGCUUGCAGCAGCUGUGGUGGGACCGGUACGGGUCGGCCCUUACCGGCCCAACUGUCUGUACGGACUCCGAACCGUCCUUCUUAAUCGGUUCGUGUAUUACAGUCUUGUCCUCUCUUAUAUAUAUAUAUAUUUUUUUUUUCUUCUUCAAAUUAAAUUAUUGUAAUAUGAAGUCUUUGAUACUUUAAAGUGAGGGAUAGAGAGAGAUGGGAGAUUAUUAUAGGUACCAAUUGUAAUGACCUUUACGGUAUUGAAAUUCUUAUAAAGUGGGAUAAGUUUAUAAGCUAA